UUCAUUCGUGUUUUGAAUCGCGUGAAGUGUACACGAGGUUUUUGCUGCUGCGUGCCCGGUGUGCCGGAUCUCGCGGCCAAAAGAAUUUUCGUGCGUGUAGUGUGUGUGUGUGUUUUGUUUUACCACCCUUCCCAAUCAGGUUCGACAGUGUGUGUGUGUCUGUGAGUUUGUGAAGUGUGAAAGUUUGGCCAACAAGUGCUAAAAGUUAAAAAUUGAUCCUGAUAAGAAAGUGCGCGAUAGAGGGAAAGUGUACCGACAAAAAAAAGGAAGAAAGCAAAAGCAACCCGUGCCAUAAAAGAAUCUUUUUAACCCGCCCAAAGCAACCCUCCAAGUGCGGUGUGAUAAGAGAAGUGUUUUCACCUACCACACCCUCCCCCCGCCCUCGUUUUUCCAUCCACUCCGCUCCCCACUCUCAGCCCCAAAUUCCGCAAGUGUGAAAACGGGGAAAAGGUGCCCAGACUACUUUACCAGGCCGCAAGCGACGAACCGAACGAUGAAUCUUCGCAGCUGGGGUGCGGUGCAGCUUGCACUAGCGUUUGCCGUCGUGCUGGUCGGAACAAUGGUUGAAAGUACGUAUAAACCCAACCUCCCUUCUGCGUUAAUUCGAUUAUCGGUAAAAAAAAACAACCAAAAAGGUAACAAAAGAAAACUUCACCUGCUCGGCCCAAGAAAUAAAAAGGACCGAGAUUUCCUCAAUCAUAAUCAUAACAAUCGACCGCAAUCGAACAGUUAUGUGCGUUUUGUUUUCAUCGCCCAGACUCCAUUAAGCAGCGGAUUCACCACCGAUUCCCUCCCUGCGUGCAGUGAUUUACUCGAUCAAGCUGCUGGGGGUUAAACGCGGUGUGGAAAUGGGGUAAAUUCGCCGCAAAAAGAGCAGGCAACCUCUCACAUCCACCCGGACACAUCCAUUAAUACCCGAAUUUUUCCCUACCAGCACGGAGAUAAAACACGAAAUGUUUACGUCUGACGUGGGAAUAAUUUUCCCAAAGUUGGAAAAACGCGUGGCACGAGGCUGGGGGAAAAAUCACGCCAAAGAUGUCUGUUUGUUUGUACACACACACGGAGGAAUGGGCAAGAUGGAGAAAGGGGAAAUGUAGUAAUAGAGCGGUAGAAAAAGGCGUUCGGAAAAACAGAAGUGCGAACAAAUGCCUAAAGAAAAUGCAACCAUCAAUCUUUCAGCGGCAAACCGCGGGCCCACGAAGGAAAGAGACAUCGUACGGACUAAUAUUUUCUUCGGUUUUAUUCGAUUACCUAAUAGGUGAACCGAGGGAAAUGCGAUUCCUUCGAUGAAAAGGCAUGCGGGGGAGAGAGAAAAAAUAAACAAAAAAGGAAAACCAUUUUCCCGGUGCUUUGCCGUUCUACCUGUGCGCCCACCCUCCCCAGUCGCCCCACCGUUAAAUUGGCAGCAGUCAAAAUAAAUCUUCUCAUUAUGCAUCCUUUCCUUGCGCUGCUGUGUCCCGCUUUCUCACCUAAUAAACCGUGACGGGAGAGGAAAAUUCAGAUGAAAAAUGAAGCGGACAGAAGGGAAAACCUCGCGGGAUUCGAGGAAGUUGAACAAGGAAAAGGGUAAAACUUUGGUCCAAAAUUCAUCAAACGUUUUCCCGCGUUCCGGGCGGGAUUUGUGUGGCAAGAUUUGGCCGCUAAUGCUUCCGGGAAAGCGAAGGGGAAGGGAGAAACAGAAAAGCUUCUUCCCGCGCAGUUCCAUUAAACUUUUUUUUUCCCUUUGACUUUCGGUAAAAUCGAUUAGCGCACACAUUUUGUUUCGUAGGGUAUUUCAUGCCGGUUUAUCUUCCGGCCCUGGGAAACUCUGGGUGGUUAUGUUGGGCCAAGACCCAAGGCCCGGCCGGAAUGGCGAAAGUUUGUAAUGAAAACUUUAAAUUGGUUCAUUUAUUGAUUACGGGUGAAAAUUGUUUAUCAACGUGCCAUUGCUUGCGGCGACGACCGUUGCUGCUGCUGCUGCUGUGAAUGUCCCGAUAAUAUUUUUUUUUCCGCAUAGCCAUGGGCGAACGGAGGAAAACUCGUGUUUAUGAAGCAGGGAACCGGGGGUGAAACUGUUUUUUGUUUAGAUUGGAAGGCAAAUCUUUAUUGCUUUAUAUAUUGCUCGUUUUGUGGCGAGGGAUCGUUUGAUUUGAUUUUCAUUAUGGGCGGGAGAGUUUUGCUCGAUCGAAAGGCAUGCUGCUAUUUUUGUAACCGAAUGAUGAUUGGGCGUUUGAGCGAGCCCGUUUGAGCUAUAUUUGUACAGCUGGGAUAUUUGGGUUGAUUUGGUAAACUAAACGAGAUUAAUUCGUACUUUCAAGUCGUUUGUGCACGGUUUUGUAAAUUUGAGAAGAAAAAGAAUAAAAGUUAGAAUAAUUUAAGAUUAAACAUCAUCUCACCGAAAAAAGUAAAUUAAACAUCUAAAAAAUAAUAAAGCCAAGAAAAUGUGAAAACUUUAUUCAACUUCAAUAAAAGGCACAAAAAAAGGAUGAUAAAAUUAAAACAAAACACGAUACUUACAAACCAAGCAAUAGAAAACAUAAUAAUCAGUAAAAAAAAAGCUUCAUAAAGAAAUAAAACAGUGUUAAAGUAAUAUGAAACAAUUUUUUUUUCAAAAAUAAGGACAACAAAAAUAAAACAAAAACAAAAGAAAAAAAAGAAUAUAAGAAAACAUAAGUAAAGCGACUAAGACAAUUAAAACCAUGUUAAUCAUAUAACAUAAAUAAAUGUAUAAAGUAAACUAACAACAACAUAAAACAAAUAAGAAAAAGUGUAACACGUUGCUGGUGAACUAGAAAUUGGUAACAAAUAAUAACUUAAAAAGGGAAAUAAUACGAAAAAUACAGAAUAAUAAGAAUACGAGAAGAAUAGAGACAUUCAAAUAAAAACGAACAAAUAAAGAGAAUUUCACAAGGAUAAAUUAACAUUUCGGAAGAAGAUUGCUAAGAAGUAAAAACAGACAAACAAAUGAGCAAACAUAAACUUCUACUACUAAUGUAGAUAAUUAUGAGGAAAAACAGGAAAGGUUCAAAAGGAUAAAAUAGCAGCAAAAAACACAAUUAAAAAAGUUAAUAAUCAACAAAACAAAGAUAAUCUUGAACAAUGAUAGUGGAAUUAAAAAGAGAAGCAAGUGAAGCAAAAAUAAACUAAAAACAAUACAAAAUGAUUCAAAAAUAAACAAAAAGUUAAAAAGUCAAUAGAAAAAUUUAAAAAAGAUGAAAAAACCAUCAAACAAUAAAUUCUUCAUUGGAUGUAUGAAUUCGCAAAAAAAAUCUUUAAAAAUGAAUCAGGAAGUUAUCAAAACUAGCUGUCCAACUUUCUCUUUGGCAAUAAGUAUAAGCGCUUGUAAUGCUUGUCCGAGCAUCAAAAAUUUAAGUGAUUGACUCACCCUUACGAACAUUAUAGGUCGUUUCUCGUAUCGUUUAACUAGCUUAUAAUCGAUGAUAACAAAAACGCCGCCUCUGGUCAUGCGAACGCAGCAGCAGUAAACCCGAUCAUGUGCAAUAAUUAUGCUUCACCGGUCACUUUAUGCCGUCGCUUUAACCCAACUUUCUUCUCGAGCGUAUCGUUAACGAAAAAAAUUACACGCCAUCCUGGACCGGGGAGAAAUAUUUUCGAUCCCCACACACAACCUGCCACCAACCGACCAUUUGAUGACCAUUUCGCGUUGAUCAUGUAUUUUGUAAAGCGUCGAAAAAAUCGACCAAAAACGGAACAGAAAAAUGUUGGCCAAUUUUACCAACUCGCGUCCGUGUUUUUGUUUUUUUUUUUAUGGGAACCGGUUCCAAUAAAUACGAACAGAAAACGAUCGCGCCAGAAACCGGUUGGCGCGGGAUUCGAUUGACCAUUCAUACUGAGGACAAUAUUGGGUCGGAUCGACACGCGAUGCGGGGAUCGAAUCGCGACGCGGACUUUUCUUAUCAUAAACCGCAAAUUGAACCGCAGGCAUGCCGAUGAUUCGAUUUUUUUUUCUUCCUUCGCUUUGAGGUGUUUCGCCUUUGCUGACAUCAUGGGAUAACAAGCGACAGCAAAUUUCUGUCGAUGCAGCAAAAGAACGCCAAGCGGGGAAAAAAAAUUCCGAUCCUGGCAGCAAAAAUAAAUUGAACCACCAAUAUCGCUUUUUUUUUGGGGGGGGCCCCGGUGUGUGAAGCAAACAUGUCGAACAUCCAAUGCCAAGGUUAGGAGGAUAUCGUGUUUCGGUUACAACGGGCCGCUGAAGACAAGUGCGCGUCAACGGGAAUUGAUAUAAAAAAGCCUCGAAAAUGCCCAUACUCUACAACAAGCGUGAUUUGUCAACAGAAUGUUUCGGGUUUCCCUGUUUUUACCCCUCGUGUGUGUUUUAUUCAGUAUUGCUUCAGUUCUCAACACCUUCCUUUGUGGUGCUUCAAUUUUAUGAGCUGUGUGCUUUUAUGUUGUUCGCUUCUUGCCCCGCCACAAAUUCAUUGUCACUGUACUCGACCACAAGCUGCUGGCAAGAAGAGGAGUAAACGAUCUAACCUCAAAUAAACAACUGAAAGACCGACCAGAGGGAAUCUAGAAAUCACUCAAUCUACAAAGCUGAAUUUGAUUGCUCGAAGGGACCAGCAAUAGAGAGAGGGAUAGGCAGAAAUAGAAUAGAGAUCGGUAGAUAAAUCAAAAUCGUACGACCUGCCACACCGAGGCAGAACCUCAAGGACUCGUUUUGGGAAUUGUUCGAGUGCGGUGUGACAUAAUUUAUGCAUGCUUCCGUUUUGCACCGCUGCUGCAAGGCUCCGGACGAGAUAAAUGUUUAAGCGAUCGGGCAAAGCAAUAGCUUCCCGCUGUUAUCUUGUACUUCAAUAAUUCUUUAUCUUGCUGCUGGAGAGGAUUUUUGAAAUGUGAACAAUUAAAUCGUCUUCUCUUUUGUCCUUGUUGCUUUGAAGAUUGACUCUCGGGACAUGGAAAUUAUUCCCCACGAAAAAAAAAAACAGUCUCCUGAGCGGCGUCAUGUCACCUGACCAAAAAUAAGCGACACUUCAAAUCCCCCCCGUUCCAACUUGAGCACCUGUGCAACAAGUUGCUUUAAACCGCCCUUAAAGUACAGCGGUGUGCGGCAGGCCCGAGCUCAGAAAACAGAACCGUUUAUCAGAUGCGCCUUAUCUCUAUUUUUACCCUCGAAAACGCGUGAUCGAGAGCGGUGCGUACGACGACGACGCGACAGCAUGUCUCAGGUAGGGACAGAGGGAAGAUCAACUUCCCUGCAGACGGGACUGACGGGGUGCUGGUGGUGCUGGUGAAGGAAAAGGAAUUGCUUAAGAAUUUCUCAAGAGCAAAUUUUCGAUGCCGACCCCCGCGGGCCAGGGGCGCAACGCUUUAGAAGGCGGCGUCAGCUCCGUACCGUACCACAUUCUUCACAUUUCAGUCGUGUUACGCAAGGCAAGGCAAGGAGAGGAGACCAAGAAGGUGUGUGUGAAGAGUGGAAGGGUGGACAUGUAAACCGAAAGGGGUCGAUGCCGGGCAAGUUUUUGUGUGUGAUAAAUGUGUGCGCCGCGGCUAUUUGGGCAACGCGUUUUAUGACAAACAUGAGCGAACGGUUGAAGUUUUACGCAGCCAAACAGUACGAUGUGACAUGAGGGAAAAUAAUUCUAUAAUUCAUAGAUCAAGGUGUAUAGUUGGUGGUACACAAGGUUUGUUGUUUUGUAUGUGCCAGAUUGAAUAAAAAAAAUGCUUCCCGUUUGGUAGCAAUAUGCGCAUGUAUUGGGCUGGUGCUAUAAAGAAUUUAAAUAGUUUUAUGCAAAUCAGUUAGAAGAAUGUAAAUCGCUUCAAGGUUUAUAUUGAUUAGCACACCUUUAGCGAGCACCGAUCGGACCGGAUAUUGGAAUUAGAAAAAUUAAAAAUAACCCCAUCAACAACGCCAUGGUGUGUCGUGGCCGACGAAACGGGCGAACGGGAGUUAUUAGUUAUUAAUGCACCUCUUCGUAAACAUUCCAUAGUUUCGAACAUCUAGGGGGAAACAAUUUUUUUUUCUUUGGCAUAAUGUUUAUUAAUAUUCAGCGCCAGAUUAUUAGCGACAGAAGCGAUUUCGAUCACGGAAGAAGACAAGUUGUCGAAAAGCAAGAGAAAGAGAGAGAGAAUAUAAAUUGAACUGGUGGUAGAUUUAAUGGUUUGAAAUUAAUUUUUCUUAUUGAGGGUAUUUAUAUUGUGCAUAUGAGACCAAUUCCAUCUCAAGUAUAGCAUCAAUAAUAUUUUUAAGACAAAAUUAGACUUGUUUAUCAUUUGCUAAUGACCAUACAAAUUCCUUCCUUCUCUACGAAGGGUGUUACCGUUACUCUAACCCUUUUAUAAAUUUACUCAUUUUUUACGUUAAAAUAUUCACCCAAAUCCCCCCCAAAUUUCUUGUGUUAAAAUCAAUGUUGCUUUAUUUGCCCUUGCGUUGGAAAUCAAUCUACAAAUUAAUGAAGCAAAUCAAAAAAACACAUCAAACGAGGUAUCACAUUCCACCGCAUUAUGUAUCGGUUCAAAUUUAAAGUCAAACCGUUACAGGUAGCCAAUGGGAAAUAAAUGACACAUGCAGUAAGACCUGAUCUUUCGAAGAAACAUGCAUAAUUCGAUGAAAUUUGCAUGCCGAUAACGCCGAACGGUAAUUUAUCACCCCAACGGACUAUUUAUCGUGCUGAUAAAGCUGCUUUAAAUUAUUCAGUUGCAUUUUUUCGUUUUUCUAAUAAAUUUGGUGUUUUUGGUAGGAGUUUUGUGACAGAUUACUAAGCAUUUGACAACUGAUACAAUAUCUUCGGUCUAAGCGUCUAAGUCCAUCGACAACACGAGUUUUGUCCGUCCUACAGACUUGAGAAGCAUUUUAUGCUUCAGGUUCAUUGGCGGACAUUUUUUAUUAAAAUAUUUAGAAAAAAUAUUGAAAAGAAAAAUAAAUGUUCACCCAUCUUACUUCUAUGAACCUUGACUGGCGUGACUAGCUUUUUUAUCAUUUCGAAUCUGGGCUAAAUCGAUUACUAAAUCGAGUAAUCGAUGAAUAUUGCUCCUGAACUUGCUCGCAGUCUUUCUUUUUGCACUCGUGUUUGUUUACUCUAAUUAACUUCCAAUAGACUUCAUAAAUUUACAAAAUGAUUUUAGUGAGCUAGAUAUAAUAAUUGGAAUCCUCCACAUUAAUUUAUUUGAAUACACUCACCAACCGUUUAUAACUCCUUAUUUGCAUGACUGGUUUCUUAAGCUGCUUCAAUGCUCGAGCAAAUGAUUAUUAUAUCGAUGUAUCGAUUAAGGCUACCAAUCCGCCAAAUAUGAUUCAUCGAAAGAUUAAACGAUUUGCUAACAAAACUAUAUUUAAACAGUAUUUCCAACCAAUGUUCAAAACAACCUAUGUUCCAGCUGGUACUAAAAGCUCGCUGUCAGAGCCAGAGUUCACGGCACGCUGUAACCGUGCCCCGGUCAUGGACAACCAGCUGUAAAAAACCCCCGAUAAAAACCAACGUACCGAUGUAGUUGGCUAUCGUUGACAGCGUUUCACUAAUUUAUGCUAAUGCUUCGAACGGCCAUUCGGUACUUCACUGCGACCGAUCGAUCGAUUGUUCAGCUGACGGCUACACUUAUAAAGCGAACCUCCGGUUGAACCGCUUGGGCUAGGAUUAAUUAAAAUAAAUGAUUUCUGCGCGUAAGGCAAAAGGCACACGGCCAUCGGAGGUUCCUGCGUUUACUGCUAAAAGCCUACUGCGAUGCGAUAAGCCACCGCAGUAAGACCGCCAUUCGUAAAGAGGUAAAGUGAGUUACCUACAACCAGUGUACCGAGAUUUCGAUUCGUUGCGAUUCUGGACCGAUAAUGGCUGCAGAGAUUGCUGGAACGUGACGAAUGACGUCUGCAAAUUGAAUGUUGAUUGUUGUUGACGCUGCUAGCGAUAUGGAACAUGUAUCGGUAGAUUGUGAGCUAAUUGAAUCCUCGAACGAAAAGACAUAAACAGGUCAGAUCACAUGACAACGUGUAAACGGGGACUGAGAAAGCGGACAGAAAGGCAGUAGCGAGAGAGGCAUUGAAAGCAAAGGACGCUAAGGCCACUAUUUUUGAGUUUUUUUUUUCCUUUAUUGUGCUACGUAUUAGUUAAAUAAAUGGAUUUAGUAUUAAAAAACUUCAAAAACGGCUCGCGUUUGUUGCAUACGCAACAAAAUUCUCAAAAAUAAUGUCGAUAUUGUGAUGCAAUAUCCGCAGCAGAGACAUCAUUGUGGUGUGUGACAGAGACCGGGAACGCGUGGGAACACGCUAUAAGAACAAAAGCGCUUUUCGUGCUACAACAGAAAGAUACGGUGCGACGUAUGAAACAGUGUGUGUAUGUGCGAUAAAAGAACGCGUGUGAUCUUGUAUUAACCGGUAAAGACCUCAGGUGCUACUCGGUAAUAAAGUACGGCUGCGAGGAUUCCGUACAAAGACCAUACAAAACAAAAUGGAGGAUCAGGCGUCAACGAGCGGCCAUGAUGCCGGUAGUGUUGGUGUGAGUGAAGUGACGCCUGAGAAGAAAGGACCAUCGAAGAAACCCACAAAGGGCGGCCACGAGGCCGAUAGUGUUGGGCAAAAGAACCUUUCAAAGAAAAAGCUAUCGUUCCGGGUUACAACUCCAACUCGUCGUGUGACUCGCAGCGCAAAAAAGGCACAUGGAAAUGUGAAGAAACAAACUGUGCAAGUGGCGGUAUCUUCAUCGGAAAGUGAUAGUUCUAGUGAGGAAGAAGAAGAAGUAGAACCAACAAGUGUGGACGUGCAACCAACUAAGGAACAAAGGCGUGCUCGACACGGCAUUUCUCAGAAGCUUCCUGAGUUCAAUGGCAAACCACAGGAUUGGCCAAGAUUCUACGGCGCCUUUCUAGCCUCGAACAAAUCGUGUGGCUUCACGAAUAACGAGAAUCUUGUGCGGCUUCAAGAAUGCCUGAAAGGACCUGCCUUAGAACUGGUUCGCGGAAGGUUGAUAACGGCGGAAUCCGUUCCGCGAGUGAUCGAGAAACUGGUGCAAGUGUACGGAAGACCUGAGCUUAUCUUGCAUAGCUUGUUAAAGAAAGUUCGUGAAGUAAAGGCUCCGAAGGCGUCGGAUCUAACCAGCUUCCUGCCGUUUAGCAACGCUGUCGAAGAGUUGUGUGAACAUCUCGAAGCAGCCCAGUUGAAAGACCAUCUACACAACCCGUUGCUUAUUCAGGAGCUGGUCGAUAAGCUCCCAGACGCAGACAAGCGGGCCUGGUCACGAUUUAAGAGAGGUCAUGGAUCCGUAUCGCUGCGAACGCUAACCGACUUCCUUGACGAGGUGGUGACCGAAGUUCUCGACACCACUUUGGAUCUCGGUAACUACAUGCCCCUAUCAUCGCAACCAAAGGACACUCGCAGAAGGGAAACGGUAGGCCAUCAUCAGACAACGCCAGCACAACAAGGGAGAAAGCCAUGCCUUGCAUGUGAAGCAACGGAUCAUCGUCUACGCAAUUGCACGGUGUUUAAGGAGUGGACAACAAGACAGCGGCAAGACUUUGUGGCGAAGUACAGUCUGUGUAGAUUGUGUCUCAACGGACAUCAAGGAAGGUGCUUCGCACCAAAGAGAUGCAACGUAGGUGAUUGCGACCAAAUGCACCACCCCCUUCUACACGAUCAGGUAGGAUCUAAAUUGGUUGACGGUAUUAGUGCGCAUGUAAAUGCAAAUGACUGUAUGCUGUUCCGUGUCGUUCCGGUAAAUGUCCAUCAUAAUGGAACCAUACUAACCGUUCUUUGUUUUCUUGAUGAAGGAGCGUCUAUAACGCUGGUAGAGCGUCAAUUGGUGGAGCGUCUCGGAGCUGGCGGCGUUCCUGAGAAGCUCACCCUGCGAUGGACUGCUGGCAUUGAGAGAGUAGAGGACAAAUCGCAAAGGCUGAAUCUGACAAUAUCAUCUGUAGGCUCAGCAAAGCAAGAGACGCUAAAAGACGCACGAACGGUUGAAAGGCUAGAGCUACCACAUCAAAGUGUAGAUCGGGAAAAAUUGAAAGAACGGUACGCGCAUUUAAGAAAAAUUCCCAUCGAAUCAUACCAAGGCAGACCCGAGAUCAUGGUGGGACUCAACAACAUCCAUUUGUUCACGCCCUUAGAAGUAGUCUCCGGAGAGGAAAGCGAUCCUAUUGCUGUGAAAACGAAGUUGGGUUGGUCUGUUUACGGGUAUACAAAGUCUGGUGCGACCAAAAACAACAUCGGGUAUCAUAGCGUGACCAAUGAAGACCUUGAUUUGCUAAUAAGAGAACAUUACAAGCUGGAAGAAUCUGUGAUAACGAUACCAAAUGACUCUGCCGAGAACAAAAGAGCUAAGGAGUUGCUAGAAGAAACAACGAAACGAGUGGGUGAACGAUUUGAGACCGGCCUAUUGUGGAAAGAAAAUGAACGCAGUUUUCCUGAAAGCUACUCCAUGGCAGUGAGACGUUUUAAGCAACUCGAAACGAAGCUGAAGAAAACCCCUGAGCUACACAACAACUUAUGCCAGCAAAUCGAAGAGUAUCAGAGAAAGGGUUAUGCACAUCGUAUUACACCAGAAGAGUUGCGUGAUACUCCGUCCAAAAACGUCUGGUAUUUGCCGAUCAACGUAGUGGUGAAUCCCAAGAAACCUGGCAAGGUGAGAGUCGUAUGGGAUGCAGCUGCAACCGUGAAAGGAGUAUCUCUAAACACCGAGUUGCUUAAAGGUCCUGAUCUACUCGUGCCGCUUAUGCAGGUUAUCACAGGUUUCCGGGAAAAGAGAAUUGCGUUUGGCGGAGACUUGCGUGAAAUGUUUCACCAGAUUCAGAUACGCUCGGAGGACAAGCAGUCUCAAAGAUUUGUGUUCAGAAAAUCUCCAAACGAGCCCUUUGGUAUUUAUGUGAUGGACGUAGCCACCUUCGGUGCGACAUGUUCCCCUUGCACAGCGCAAUUUGUGAAGAAUAGAAAUGCCUGUGAGUAUCAAGAUCAAUUUCCCCAAGCGGCAGAAGCGAUAAUAAAGCGUCACUAUGUAGACGACUACUUUGACAGUACCGAUACGGUAGAGAAAGCGCUGAAACUAGCAAAAGAAGUCACCCUGGUGCAUCGUAAAGGAGGCUUUGAAAUCCGUAACUGGGUUUCCAACUCGAAAGAAUUCCUGGAACAGCUUGGCGAGAACACGGACGUGGGCCCAAUACACUUCAACAAAGACAAAGAGACAUUGCACGAAAGAGUGUUAGGUGUUAUAUGGGACCCUACAGAGGAUAUGCUUUCCUUCUCAACAUCGAUGCGAGACAGUUUAAGGCCAUACGUUGAGGAUGGUGUAACGCCUACGAAGAGAAUUGUUACCAGUUGUGUUAUGGGAUUGUACGAUCCUCUUGGUCUGAUCUCGCCGUUCACCAUCCACGGCAAGAUUCUUAUUCAACAUCUCUGGAGGUCAAAAUGUGAUUGGGAUGAUGAGAUAAAUAAGGAGGCGGUAAUAUUGUGGCACAGAUGGAUAGAGCUUCUCGAGAACAUAAAAACUAUACGAAUACCUCGAUGCUACCUUGACACAACACAUUCAGAUGCCAUAGAAUCGGUUGAACUCCAUGUAUUUACUGACGCCAGUGAACACGCAUACGGGUGUGUAGCGUAUCUCCGAAUACAGGCUGAAGGCACAGUACGUUGCAAACUCGUUAUGUCUCGAAGUAAAGUUGCACCGUUGAAGAGACAAACGAUUCCUCGACUGGAACUAAUGGCUGCGGUAUUGGGCGCUCGUAUUAGUCACACCAUUCUAGAGACCCAUUCAUUGAAGAUCGACAAAUGCACUUUCUGGUCAGAUUCCAAGACGGUCCUCAGCUGGAUCAAUUCGGAGCAACAUAGAUUCGUCCAAUUUGUAGCCUUCCGAAUUGGAGAAAUAUGGGAGUUAACCAACAAAAAAGACUGGAGAUGGGUGCCAACUAAGCUGAAUAUUGCCGAUGUUAUGACCAAGUGGGGGAAAGGUCCUCCUUUAGAAAUGUAUGGAGAAUGGUUCAGCGGUCCAGCAUUUUUGUACGAGCCUGAAGAGCAUUGGCCUGUGGCUGACGGUGAGAUAGAAAGUACCGAAGAAGACACUCGGAAAAUAGUCCUAUUUCAUUCAGUAAUCACAUCGCAACAGCUACCAACCUGGCAACGACUGGUUCGUGUUAUGGCAUAUGUCAUCCGAUUCGUAGACAACUGUGUUAGAAAGAGAGAUAAGCAAGCAAUCCACACCAUAGAAGCAACUGGAAAGCUUUCGACAAAUCUAAAAGCGACAUUUAAAGCAAGAAAAGUACCAAUAGAAAAGGAGGAGUUAGAGAGAGCUGAGAUCCACCUGAUUAGGCAAUCGCAGUGGGAAUCGUUCCCGGAGGAGAUGGAUAUACUGCACGCCAACCUCGACAGCUCGGUAGUGGCACGGAAGAUUAAGAAGAAGAGUGUUGUGUACAAAUACUCUCCGGUGUUAGACGAGAAUGGAGUGAUGCGAAUGGAGAGCAGGCUCAUCAACAAUCGCGACCUUCCAUUCGACCAACGGUAUCCGAUCAUUCUGGCGAGACAACACGAAAUAACGAAAAGGAUCGUGCAACACUAUCAUGAGUCGUUUGGUCAUGCUAACAGUGAGACUGUGCUAAACGAGAUGCGACAACGGUUUAAGAUCCCGAAACAUCGAGCUGCCAUCAAGGAGGUACGUCGUCAGUGCACUUGGUGUAGAGUCUACAAGUGUAAACCUUUUACUCCAAGAAUGGCGCCGCUACCAGUUGAAAGAUCGACACCCAGUUUUCGUCCAUUCAGCGCAGUGGGGAUCGAUUAUCUCGGUCCAUUAGAAGUCACCGUGGGGCGUCGUAAAGAAAAGCGGUGGGUGGCAGUUUUCACUUGUCUUACCAUAAGAGCGGUACAUCUCGAAGUCGUUCAUACUCUAUCAACCCAGUCGUGUCUGAUGGCGAUUAGGCGGUUCGAGAGCAAAUUCGGGAAGGCGGAUGACAUCUUUUCUGACAACGCCACAUGUUUUAGAGGUGCGGAUAACGAACUACAACGGAUUGACCGGAUAUUCUACGAGUGUGCCGAAAAGGUUAUCUCGGCCUCAACAUCGUGGCACUUCACUCCACCGGGAACUCCACACAUGGGCGGCGUGUGGGAGAGGAUGGUGCGAUCGGUGAAGGAAGCGAUGCGGGUGCUGGGGGACAACAGGGUACUAACGGAUGAAAUCCUGCUCACCACGUUGGCAGAAGCAUGUGAAAUGAUUAACUCUCGUCCCUUAACGUAUUUACCGGAAGACUCGUUAGAACCAAAAUCACUAACCCCUAAUCAAUUCUUGAGAGCGCCAGGAUCAUGUACUGCGGUUUGCAAAUCUUAUAGUUUAACAGAGAGCCUUAGGAAUCAAUUCAAACGCUCGCAAUACUUAGCUGAUAGGAUGUGGGAACGAUGGACAAAGGAAUAUUUGUCGUCCAUAAACCAGAGGAGCAAAUGGUUCGAAGAUCAAAAGGAACUAAAAAUCGGUGAUCUAGUGUUCGUUGUCGAUGGUAAGAAUAGAGCCGAGUGGUUGAGAGGUAGAGUGGUCGAAACGAUAAAGGGAAAGGACAAUAGAGUGAGACAGGCAGAUGUAAAGCUAGCAAAUAACAAGAUCAUAAGACGAGCGGUUAUACAUCUAGCAGCUUUAGAGAUUCAGUAAGUCCUUCGUUAGGACACGAGGGACGUUACGGGUGGGGGUGUUGACGCUGCUAGCGAUAUGGAACAUGUAUCGGUAGAUUGUGAGCUAAUUGAAUCCUCGAACGAAAAGACAUAAACAGGUCAGAUCACAUGACAACGUGUAAACGGGGACUGAGAAAGCGGACAGAAAGGCAGUAGCGAGAGAGGCAUUGAAAGCAAAGGACGCUAAGGCCACUAUUUUGAGUUUUUUUUUUCCUUUAUUGUGCUACGUAUUAGUUAAAUAAAUGGAUUUAGUAUUAAAAAACUUCAAAAACGGCUCGCGUUUGUUGCAUACGCAACAAUUGUGUUAAUUGGGCUGUGAAAUGUGAUCGUGAAGCAGCCCGUGUGGUGUAUCUGGCGUGUUCGUUGGUCAUUGUUUGCUUAUCGUCGAAGGCUGUGAUUAUAAUGUACAAAUUACUGGUCUUGAAAGGACGAUUGAAAAAAAACAAACCCUGCUCGCUGCUAGUGUGUGGUUUACAUGAUAAGAGAUUGACCGGUCAAAAGCAAGCAAUUAAAUAGAAUCAAAGCUAUUAGACGAUAGUUUUGAAGUAUAAAACACACUAAUGACUGGCGAAUAAGUUGCCAAUCCCUGUCAUAAAAUUUGAGCAUUUGCAUUCCAACGCCAACAGUACUCACCCAUUAACAGCCAUGUCGGAUCGGAUUAGUUUGAACAUCGCUCACAGCGUUCGGUGUUAUGAAGCAAUUCAAUUUGUACUUCAUUACGUAUCCUCAUUAAGAGUAGGAUGAUGGCCCAAACAACGCACACACACAGACACCAGAAAAGCGAAAUCAUAAACAGCACUACGGGAAUUAAUUUAAGCUCUCGCGAUCAAUAACUUCCAAGUCAAAAUACGAGCAACAAUAAUCCUCCAAGCCAGCCGCGUAUUAUAAUAAUAAUGAGCGCGAAACAAAAAAUGGCUAAGGAUCCCGGCGUCAAUCAAGCGGUCGGCGAAACCUAUAAUUUAUCUCAACUCUACAUCUUCAGGCACUGUGUUCGACCUGCGCCGGCAUUUGGCCAAAUCUAACGAAGCUAAACGCAAUUUAUGACAAGCUCAGCUGAUUUCAUUCACAUUUGAGAGAGACUUUUUUUUCAGCUAUUAGUUGUAGUCUAGCACAUUUUGGCGUUCGUUUCAGGCAUCGGGCUCCCACUAGAGCUCCCCCUGCUAUGGGCUUCAUGUUUUGGCUAGACGAGUCAUGUUGACCUCAUCAUCAGUGGCACGCCUUCCCACAGGUGUCAAUCAGUGGAUUUGAAUGUUGAGCGGUAGACGAAGGGGCGAUAGAGAGAGAGAGCUCUCGUUGAACGUUUUCAACAGUGGUGGAUGAUCGAAAAUGAAAAAUGAUCCGUACAUGUGAAUGAGCUAAAAAUAGCUAUGCCAGCUAACAAAUUGAAUCUGGAACUGAUUUAUUUGAAACACCUUGAAAGAUGGCUUGAUAAGUGGCUGGUAGAAUUUAAAUAAGGGGUUUCUUAUUCUUGUAAAAAAAAAGAUAAUCAAAAAUUAGAUUUUGAGUUUUUAUACUGUAUCUCGGUAGAUUCUCUUUAAGUAAUUAAAUAUAAACCGGUAAUUCCUUAUGAAAAUGGCGUUUUUUCGCCGACUCUUACAAGCUUCAAUUUUUAGUAAAAAGCCAAACAAUUAAAGCUAAAUUAAAAUCGACUGUUUCUCUCCGCUAAAAAAAUAAAAAAAACGGACCCAAACACACCAGAGGAAGAAAGACAAUUUCUAUCUUUAAACCUACAACGCCGCCACAGUCAAUCUGGGCGCGUCAUGGUUAGCAAGAAACGGUGCCACAACCGCCAGGACUAAUCUCAUUAAAUUAAUGAAUGUGAAAAAUCACUUCAAAUCAAAUCUCGCUCUCAUCCUCGGCCAGCUACCUUCGUCACGGUUACGCCGCACCGACCUAGACAAACUUCCGACCAGGUCAGGAAAUUAUUAGCACGGGGCACGCCGACGACGAUACGGUGUGGCGCAAAAAUCAUCCAUCCAUCUUUCGCAGCAAAACGGACGAUCGUUAUCUCCGUUCGGUGGUCGUUUAGAGAAUGUAAAAUGGGAAAUGCAAAGUGAAAAGUAGCAACAAAAAAAGACAAAACCAAAGAAAAAGGACCUCUUGACCGAGGCGCUGAUGACGGCGAUGCCGUACGCCGCUGAAUCAUAUUACAACACAGUCGGGGAGACCCUGCAAGAGGCCGACCUUUUGCACGAUUUAUGACGCGCGCGCCAAACGACCAAAUGGCUUUAUGAAAUGGGAAUUUCGGUAAACAUUACUGGACCGGUUGAAUAUCCAGCGAAAGUGUGGAGGGAAUUUUCUUAAAUAAUCAAAACAAAGGAGAGAGAGAGAGAGAGAGAGAGAGUGAGUGCGAAUGAUUUUUUUUCCAUUUUAUGAUUUGUAAUCAACGGUAAAAACAUAAAGAAAAUUUAAAAUUCGCAUCAUCAAAACAGGGAAAGCGAGAGAUUACAAUCGCCGUCUGGGUUUGGGCGUUAGGUGGUGACUAAUUUAGUAAUGGACACGAAAUGGCACCACGCUCAUAAAGCAUAAGCACAUGCAUACGUGCAGCGCCGGCAAAGAACAGCACGAUAAACUGGCGAAGCUAAUGAAUCACACCAGCUGGUAGACAGACGGUCGCGGACUGAUAUGCAUGCAAUCAGACCAUGAACGAAGGAGAAAAAUCAAUGGAAAAAUAAAUGUUUACACUAAGGAAUAUUAUAUUUCAUACAGUCAAGGUGUGUUUCUGUUUAAAGGCCUUCACAAAAAAAAAAAAAUAAAGGAGUGUUUACUCGUUCCUAUUUUUGCGUCAAAAGAUAUCGCAAAACACGCACCAAUCUUCGAAAUCGCAAAACAAAAAGAACAAAAAAUUGUUUCAGAUGUUAUCGUAAUAGCGUCACAUUAUUUUACAAAUCUUUUGAAACAUUUCCCAGUGACAAAAGGAUACACAAUACGCUAGAUAAAGCUGGCCCUCUAUAUGUCAAAUUGAAAAACAAAAAUUAUUAACAUAAGCGUGAAAAGCUCGACGCUCAAACAAAAUGACAUUCUUACACGAGCACUUAAGAAGAUAGUUUUCUAUUAAAUGAGUAACAAGCAGACUACUUGGACGGUCCGGAGAUUGAAACGACAGCGGCGCCGGAUUUCACACGGCAGUACCGGGGUUCAAGUAUCUUCUCGGCCGUUCCCCCAUAAUGAGGAACGAUUAUCCAACUGUGCGGUAACAAUGAGUCCAGUAAGCCAGAAAUGACAGGCACGAUCUAAGAGAUCGUUAGGCCAAGAAAAAGAAGAAGAAGAAUUGACUUAACUGACUGAAAAUGUCUCAAAUGGCUCUAAUAAAUAUAGAAUCAUUCUAUUGAUUGACUGAUAUACUGAUUAAAAUGUUUAAAAAAUAAAAAAUAUUGAUAAAAUCAUUUUCAUGUGAUAUUGCAAAAUUAUAAAUGUUCAUCGUAAUCAAAAAAUGCAUACUAUAUUUGUAUCAUAUGAUUUCAUAAUUGAUGCCUAUGAUAUUGCAAACCCCGUAAUGUGAGAGAAUAUAUAAUCCGCGAGUAUAAACGAAUGAAACUCAAUUAACCGACCCACCAAAAAUAUUUGAGACUUACACUGACUAUAAUUAGUGAUAACUUUACGAUAUGAACUGCACCAUUCAGUGAAAAUUUGAAGCAAAAAAUUGUUUUAUCCCAACUGGCUGGUAGUGAUGCUGCAUAUGAAUAUUUUAGCAAAGCAGUAAACAAAUUAUUGCCUUACUUCACAUACUCUCUUCAUUCUUGUUUUUUACACUACAAACACACACACACACACACACACACACACACACACAAGCAUACAUUGCAUCAGCAAAAAUUUUCGCUAAUGCAUUUCACCGUCCGAAAGAGUGCAUCGCCUGUUUUGUAAUGCGCUCCUGUUUACCGAACCCCAAACAUCUGUGCUCGGACAGCAUUACGGUUGGCUAGGAUUGCCUCUGCAUCUACUCCGUCUUAAACGAAAAGAGGAAUUUUGACCUGAAUAACUCGCGGCUUUUUGAAGGUGGCUUCGUAGCUAUUUUUAAGUGCAAUCCUCCUCUUUUGACCACCAAAAAAAAAAAA